AUGGGUAACACAGAAGCAAGUGAUACGCUCUACAAUGCUUGUAAAACAAGGGUGGAUGCCUUUUCACAGAACUCAGAUGUCUUGGAAUACUUAAAAGCAAAUAGAAAAACAAAAUUCAACGAGGAUGACGUGUUCAGUGUCCUUGAAGGAAUGUCAGCUCAGUACUGCUUGGCCUUUUAUUUUCUAUCUGAGUCGAACAGAGUCAUAAAUGCAAAAACAUACAAGCUUAGCUUUCUCUUUAAAAAUCUAGAGAGCUUUCCAGAGGAAGACUUGUAUUACCUUUCAGAAGGUAUCAAAAACCAGAUAUUUUUAUGUUUUGAUGAUUUUUUCAUUGUUAUUCACAUGUUUUUCUCUGUCAAUUUACUGAAGCACACACCAAUCCAGAAUCUUUUAAUAUUUCUGUUACAGAAUUUUGACUAUAAAAUGAGAGAGUUUUUAAUAUCAACAAGCAUACUCAAGGAGCUAUUUUUUAUCGAAGGGGGCAGUACAACGUUCCAUUUCAAGCUAUUGAAAAUACUUCUGGACUCAGACAAUCCAAUGUUUACUUUAUUUUUGGGUAGCUUGAAUCUAAAGAUUAAUAUUUCAGAGCCUAUUGGAUGUCAAAAAUAUUUCAAGCCCUGGUACAACAGCUUGAGAGAAGAAAAGAGGCUUAUAAAAAUUUGUUUCAUCCAAUAA